AUGGACGCUCCACCGCCCAUUAUUAUUGGCCUCGAGGGCCUCAUCCAGCACUCUCUCCCUCGUAUCACCAGAUUUCGCAGCGCCGCAGCUGCCAUGACGAACUUUGGGCGACUGUCGCCAUUCUUGAAGCGGCUCCAAGUCAGCAUUCUGCUUCUAGGCUCAAUCUAUCGUAAAUUCUCGCAGUACGACAUGAUCGCAGGAUCCGAUCUGUGUCUUGGAAUCUGUCAUGACAGUCUUGUCCAAACGCAAGGCAUGAUUGAAGCUGUGCUGCAAGCGCCAGAAGGCGACAAUGUAUACAAUUUAGGCGCAGAGGUGCUGAUUGAGAGACUACCCGAUGAGAUUAGCUCAUUCAUUUCCUCUGUUGAGCUCUUGAGAAGCACAUACCAAGAAUCACAAUCCGAAUACAUUCUCGGAUCAAUGAAGGAGCUCGCCAAUCUACGAAGAGACUACUCCAAGCACCUGCAAGAAUGUACGCACAACCGAAAAAAGGGAUCACGUCUUGCUGUAAUGACCGGAUCGAGUGAAGAUGAGCGGACAUCGCGCUCGGAUAAUGGAACACAACUUACCGAACCAGAAGCAUCGUUGUCUGGCAAGUCGUCCAGACAAAGACUCGUCGAGGAAAAAUCAUCCCUUGCAGCUAAUACUGCUACUAUAAAACAAAAGCUCGGGCACACCGCUACCCUAGGAGCAAGACGAAAAGCUUAG